CCCCGACCCCCUCACUGGGCUCUUUUAUCCCACCAGCGGGAUGGUUUCCCGGCACAGCCGUAAUUCCCGCCCGGCACGGGCCAUCCCCCCUCCUUCCUCCUCCUCCUCCUCCUCCUCCUCCUCCUCCUCCUCCUCCUCCCGCCUUUCCCUCCUCCGGGACGGGACACGACGGUCCCUUCCCGCACUUUGCCCAAUCCUGCGCCGUUUUGCCCCGUUCUGGCACCGCUGUCCUGGCAGUUGUGGGGCCGUGUCCGUCGGUGUCCGUGUGUCCGUCGGUGUCCGUGUGUCCGUCGGUGUCCGUGUGUCUGGCACUGACUGGGCCCGUGUCCGUGUGUCCGUCGGCGUCCGUGUGUCCAGCACUGACCUGCUCUGUGUCCAGGGACUUGCAGGGCCGUGUCCAUCUGUCCAUCGGUCCAAGGAGCGGCGGGGCCGUGUCCAUGUGUCCAUCGGUGUCCGUGUGUCCAUCGGUGUCCGUGUGUCCGGCACUGACCCACUCUGUGUCCAGGGACCUCAGGGCCGUGUCCGUGUGUCCGUCGGUGUCCGUGUGUCCAGCACUGACUGGGGUACUGGGGCUGUGUCCGUGUGUCCGGUGCUGACCCACCCAGUGUCCAGAGACCUGUGGGGCUGCGUCCGUCUGUCCGUCGGUGUCCGUGUGUCCGGCACUGACCUGUGCAGUGUCCAGGCUCCUGCAGGACCACGUCCAUGUGUCCGUGUGUCCGGCACUGACCCGCUCUGUGCCUGCGAUCCUGUGGGGACGUGUCCCUGUGUCCGUGUCCCCACUCCUGACCCAUGCCACGUCCAGGGACUGUGUCCCCGUGUCCCUCUGUCCGUGUGCCCACCCCUGACCCGGGCUGUGUCCAGGGGUCAUGUCCCUGUGUCCCUGUAUCUACCUGCCCACCCCUGACCCAGGCUGUGUCCAGGGGUCAUGUCCCCGUGUCCCUCUGUCCGUGUGCCCACCCCUGACCCGGGCUGUGUCCAGGGAUCCUGUCCCCAUGUCCCCCUGUCCGUGUACCCACCCCUGACCUGUGCUGUGUCCAGGGAUCCUGUCCCCAUGUCCCCCUGUCCGUGUACCCACCCCUGACCUGUGCUGUGUCCAGGGGCCGUGUCCCCAUGUCCCCCUGUCCGUGUACCCACCCCUGACCCCGCUCUCUGUCCCCGCAGCGAGGAGAAGGCCGAGGAGAACCUGCAGCGGCCGCCCAAGGCCAAGAAGGUGAAGAAGGAGCGGAAGGAGCCGGAGCCGGCGCAGCCCACGGCCGAGCCCGCCGAGGCCGGCAAGGCCGAGAGCUCGGAGGGGGCCGGGGCCGCCCCCGCGGCGCCCGAGGCGUCGG